UCCCAUGCAGAGACGGGGUGGUUGGCGGUGACAGUGUGUCGUUUCCUUGUUGUUCCCUCCGCCGUGUAAUGAAUGGUUCCUCGUUAAACAAUCCGAGCCCACAGCCCUACGCUUUCUAAGCAUCCGUUAGAAGGAGGGUGACCAUGUCCCCUGACGAGAUCACCUACCUUGCCGUGCUGCUGUUUUCUGUAAUAAUAGGAUUUCCCUUCAAGCAUGCAAGUCCACAUGUGAAGCAGUGGGGUGGAGCAGCGGUGGGAUUGCUGGUGACGCUGGGGACUUGUAACAUCCACAUCCUGCAUUCCAUUAUCACCAUCCUUGGGACAUGGCUUAUCACAAAGAUAUCACCCAGAUCCUGUCACUUCCUCGCACUGGGCUGGACCUUCAGCUACCUGCUCUUCUUCCGAACAGCGACUUAUUUUGACCUUCCAGCACCCACCCCGUUCACUAAUGCCGUGCAGUUACUUUUAACACUGAAGCUUGUGAGCUUUGCAAAUGAGGUGCAAGAAUUUAACAGAGUCAAGAAACAAGAAGUGGCAUCCUUUUCCAGUCAGUCAUCUGUCAACAUGAUUCCCAAGAUCCCAAGUCUGAUAGAGGUUUUCUUGUACAGUUAUUGCUACAUCGGACUCAUGACUGGCCCCUUCUACAGAUUUAAGACCUACCAUGACUGGCUGCACCAAAUUGGUUCUCAAGAUAUUCCGACCUGGAAGCCCAUGUUGAUGCGGUUGAAGCCGGCCCCUGUGUUUGGUGUUCUGUUUCUCAUGGUUUCACACUACUUCCCUCUGGAAUACGUGAAGAAAGAUGAGUUCUACGAGUGCUCCUUCCUGUAUCGCCUCUUCUACAUGGUCCCCAUCUUCUUUGUGUUCCGCAUGCGCUUUUAUGUGGCCUGGAUAUUUGCAGAGUGUGGUUGUAUCUCUGCCGCCUUUGGUGCCUACCCUGUUGCAGCCAAGUCUCGCUCUGGUGCGGGACCAACCGUAGAAUAUGCGCUACUAGAGAGAGACGCUGAUGGAACAAAGGUGAACGUCGAGUAUGACUAUGAGACCAUCAAGAACAUUGACUGCUAUGGAGCAGAUUUCUGUGUGAAGGUGAAAGACGGGAUGCGCUGCUGGAACAUGAGUGUGCAGUGGUGGCUGGCACAGUACAUAUACAAGAAUUCACCCUUAAAGUCCCUUGUGUUUGGGAGUGCCUGGACCAUGUUAGUCAGCGCUUACUGGCACGGGAUUCAUCCUGGGUAUUACCUGAGUUUCCUGACCAUACCCUUGUGCCUGGCAUCAGAGACCUCCAUGGACGUUGGCCUGAGACGUCGCCUGUCUGAUUCUGGCAAGCUAGUGUUCGACUGGGUGCACUGGUUCCUUAAAAUGAGGUCCUAUGACUACAUGUGCAUGGGUUUUGUCCUGCUCACCUUCUCUGACACGGUCCGCUAUUGGCACUCCAUUUAUUUUGCCAUCCAUGUGGUGGCUGUUUUCUUCUUGAUUGUUGGCAAGCUGCUGGCCAUGACCACUCCUCGAGCUCCCAGGAGCAGCAAAGAAGGAAAGGAAGAGAUUAAGAAGGAAAAAUGAUUAAAUGUCUUGUGCCCUGGAUGUCUCUGCAAGCCAUAGAAUAUCUGUGCUUGUGCUAGACUGGAUGUCCUGAUUGAACAAGUCCUAUACUUCAGGUACCAGACUGUGAAGGACUUUAUUUACUGCACAUGUUGGGAGUUGCAGUCUCUCAGUAGUAUGUCAGCGUCCCUGUCUUCACCCGAACUAUGUGCUUCCUUGAAGGACCACAGGGUGGUUAUUACACUUCACAGUUAUCAUUUAUUUACAGCUUUUUUAUGUUUCAGCCUCAUAAGUUGUGAUCAAAUGCGUGUUGUUACAAUGCCUCUUGUCAUUGCCAUAUACUCAUCCUCACGUGUUUGUCUUUAGUUCCCCCUACUGGUAGGGCUAUGAAUUGCUGGACAUAAGAAAUUAGUUGACCAAUGGUCUUCUACAGCUGCAAAAAAAAAAAGCUUUGUGGGGUAACCUUUUUUGUAAUCUAAUAGGAAUUAUUAUAAUUAAAAUAAUUACAUUUUCAGUAAGGGCAACACAAAUGGAGAAUUUAUCAUAAAGUUAAGGCCUCAUGCACACGAACCUUAUCGUUUCGUGGUCCACAAACCGCAGAUCUACAAAGUAAGGGUAUUCUCUGUCUGCCAUCUGCAUUUUUUGUGAACUUAUUGACUGUAAUGGGUCCAUGGACCGCAAAUUGACAACUAGGUGUUACCAGUUUGAGGGGUGUCACUGAACACGCUCACACUGUCCAAUCAGUGCUGACAUAAUGAGACUGUAGGGACAGACGCCUUUAAACAGGCAAAAUAGUAACACCCAGUUGGCAGUUUAUUCAUAGAUUUCCCGGAGAAGUAACAGAAGAACAGCACAAUGCAGAGUUCAAUUGUUAUAUUUCCACAUAAUUGUUUUUUAUGGCACAUAUUAGUAUUUACUAAAACGGACAUGUCAGGACAUUCGGCAGGUCCUGUAAGGCUCUGUGCACAGCUGCAGCACACACUGCUGUUCUUGCCAGCAAAAUGAUGAAACUUAAUAAUGAUAACCAGAGAGUUCGGUAUGAUACUAAGGCUGGUUGCUGGAACAUAUGCCAUUCUACUGGAGAAGUUGCUGGCACCUACACAUGUAUGAUAACAUAGUAUUACAGUAUUUUUUGGACUAUAAGACUCACAUAGUUAACAGUCAGGGUCCUCCAGCAUUGCCAGACCUCCCUGACUGCUUCCUUAAUGAUCCAAUAGAGCACCAAUAUGUAGGAUCGGUGCAUGCAGGAGAGAAGGGUGAGAUAAUAUGGAGACGACUGUGAGAAACAGGUCUCCAGGCAGUCGAGAAGGAGAGGAAAGCCCUGACUUAGGGCUCUUGCGCACGACCAUAUGCCCUCCAAGACAUACGGUCCGGGCCAUACAUCGUGCGCACGAGAGCGCACAGCAUCAUAGGUUACUAUGAUGCUGUGUGCAUCGGGCCACACAAAUAAUAUCAUAUG